AUGGACGCCACCUCCUCCUCCUCACACUCCGAUCCCGAUCCCAACUUUCGCAUCUCUAUGCUGCCUACCAACUCUGGCGCGCCGCCGCCGCCUACUCCUCCUCCUGCCUCUACCGCUGCUGUCCCUCAGCAUCCUCCUCCUCAACCGGCUGCCGACCUCCUCAAACGCAAACGCAGUGCUGACGACCAUCCUGCCCAUCCCGCCCAGCCUCCGCCAAAGUCGGCCAAGACGAACAACCACCUGCAGAUCAACUAUCUGGCCCGCCAGUUUGCUCAGGACCUGCCGCUCGCAUCCACCGAAGACACUCUGCCCUCCAUCCUCACUCUGCUCGGCGACUAUCAGGGCGUGCUGGACCGCCAUGAGAGCAUGGCCUGCAACCUGGGUGCCCGCCCGCUCGGGCCCAUCCUGAUCUCUCGCUUCGAGCGCCUGUUUGACGGGCCGCCAAAGGUGCUGAAGAGCCAUGGCAAGGACGGCGCGAGCGUCUCCUGGCUGGACGUUGUCGAGUUUGCACGCAACAAGCCGGAGCAGUUCCAGCUGGGCCAGAUGAGCGAGGGCGCGCGCGUCUGCCAGUUCUACACAAAGCAGUGUCGCGUGCAGAUUUCAGAGGAGGACUUUGUGCUCAUCUCGAGCGGCAUUCCGCAGAAGAUGAUUCCGCCCCAGCCCAUUAUCGAGGACGAGGAGAAGGAGCUGGGCACAAUCGAGAUUCUGGAGAAGAAUCUCGGCCAGAUCUGUCACCUGGCCGACCAAGUCGCUGCGAGAACAAGACAGCUCAAGCACCGGCUCAAGCUUCGUCAACAAGCCAUUCUCGAUCGACGGGCUACGGAUAAUCCUCCUGCUGUACGCGCCUCAAGUUCGUCCACUAUGGCCCUAAUAAAUGGAUCAGGCCCUCCUCCGAUGACACACUCGCCAAACGCUGGUUUCGUGCCGGUGAAUGCGCGCACCCAGCAUGGUGAGCAGAAUGGAGGUCCCGCCGGUGCCGGCGACUCGCAGCAGCAGCAGCAGCAGCAGCAUGCUCCUCCUGCCAGUCACUCGCAUCCUCACUCCAGCUCCACCACUACUAAGAAUGGUGCCUCGUCUGCCACGCGCAGCGAGCUCAUGAGCAAGUUCUUCACCCUGAAUGAUCGCCGUCAGCAAUCCUCCUCCUCCUCCAACGGCGACUCCUCCCGGCGAGCUUCGAUUGUGCAAUCUCACUCCUCGAGCACGGCCAAGAAAUCAGCAAAUCCCGCCGCCUUUCCGCCGCACGAGCCAUCCGACUAUUCUUCUCACCACCACCAACACCAACAACAGCACCACCACCACCACCACCAACACUCGACAACCUCGCCCGUGCCAAUACCAAACACACCCUCCUCGCUCCUCCCACACCACACCGCUCCUUCAUCGCGCGCACUCCCCCCGGCUGCUGAAAAGGACGAUGGCGGCCCCUACAAGACCGAGAUGGUGCUCCGCAUGGAAUCGCUCAGCAAAGGCGAACGCAUCCUGCCGCCCUGUGAUCGCUGCCGCCGCCUGCACAUGGACUGCCUCAAGAACCUCACGGCCUGUGCUGGCUGCACGAAGAAGCAUGCCAAGUGCAGCUGGCGAGAAGUGCGCGAGGGCGAGAUCCGCUCCGGCUUUGCAGAAAUGGCCCGGCUUGCGAGUCUCGGUCAGAGCGGCGGCGGCGGCGGCGCACAGACGACAACGACGACCACGACAACAGCCGCGGCAGCAUCAUCAGGAGGCAUCGACUACGGCGACAUGAGCGACGAGCCCGCCAGCGUCGGCCAGCGCACGCCUCCCCCGAGACCAUAUGCGCAGCCACCACAGAGUGCAAGUCUUGCCCAUGCGCAGCCGCAGAGCUCUAGUCUUGCACAUACUCAAAGCGCCGCCGCCGCGAGUGUACCUCCACAUGGAGAGUACAAGGCGUCACCCGCGCAAGGCCGCAGUCCAACCCACAGAUCAGUAGUAGGACACGACGACAGUCAAAACCGGGAGAAGAGCGUGGAAUCACAGCUCCAGGAAGCGGCGCGGCUUGCGGGUGUUGAGGCAGAAGCACAGGCGUACGCGCAUCGGGACUAUGAUGAGGGGCACAGCCAACAGCAGCAGCAGCAACCACAACAUCGACAUCAGCGAGACAAUUCGGAGCAACAAUACCAGCAUCAGCAUCAGCAGCACCAACAUCAACACCAGCACCAGCGCAGCGAGCAUCCGGGAUAUCAGCCUAGCCAGCCGCCACACAUUGGCAGCGGGAUCGAGGCACAGUGA